UGUUGCUGCAUGUCAGAGACGAGCAGGAUUUGGGAUUAAGGGGUUGGACCGUCUGCUGCUUGGAGAAGACUGCCGCCAGACAUCGCAGUGAGUUUGUAUGUAGCGGUGGAGCGUCGCAUCUCUCCCGCAGCAUCAGCAUCACCUGCUCUUCCUCCUCCUCCUCCUCCUCCUCUUUCUUCUCCUGCUGCUGCUGCUACUGCUGCUGGUUCUUCCUCUUCCCUUCUAGCAACACACACACACACACACACGCCGCUGCAGCACAGGACCCACCGACGAGGACUCUGGGACUUGGAGGAUACACAAGAUGGUGAAGUUAGGGAGUAAUCUUCAGGACAAAGGGGCCAAAGCGGUGUCCGUGGAGGACGGCUUCCAGAAUGUGCCCCUCAUCACUCCCUUGGACGUGGGCAGCCUCCAGAGCCAAGGCCCUGACAAGGUGGUGGUGAAAACCCGCACAGAGUACCAGACGGAGAAGAAGAGGCUGAAGGUUCCCAAAGUGGAGGAGUUCACCAUCAGCUUUACCGAUGGCGUGUCUGAGAGACUUAAGGUGACCAUCCUGAUCAUUUUGGCCUUGGCCUUCCUCGCCUGUAUUGUGUUUCUGGUGGUCUACAAAGCCUUUACCUACGAUCACGCCUGCCCAGACGGAUUCCUCUACAAGCACAAGCGGUGCAUCCCGGCUUCGCUGGAGGCAUACUACGCCACGCAGGACUCCAACUCUAGGGGGCGCUUCUACACCGUGAUCAGCCACUACAGCAUGGCCAAGCAGACCACCUCGCACUCUGUCUCCCCCUGGCUGCCUGGAGGGGCUGGGGGGCAGCCACACGACGCCAAACUCCCGAGUGAUGAGGGGCACUGAACGCACGCGCGCACACACACACACACACACACACACACACACACACACACGCAUACACGCAUACAAACAUAUAAAGAGAGUGCCAUUAGGGCCUUUAGAGUGCAUGCAGACAUGAAAUUAAACCAUCGACUUUUACAAUGAUUUUGUCAUUGCUGUGUUAACACACACACGCACACGUUUACUCCAUGUUAUUAACUUCUUAUUAUUUAUUGACUGUGAAUAUAUUGUUUUUUACAGUAGUGUAUGGAUGUUUUGUAUGUGGCUCAAUCACUCAACUCUUUGUACAACAGUAUGCUUAAUUUCCUUCUGUACUGUAUACUACACACACACACACACACACACACACACAUAUAUAUAUAAAUAUAUAUAUAUAUAUACAGUAUAUACACAUUGAUGACGAGCCAUGUCCUUUUCCUGCCUCUGCUGUCCAAAGUGUGCAACUUCAGGCAUGACCCCCCCCCACCUCCAAAAUAACAUCUACAAAGUGUGCUCCCCAAAGUGUAUAAAGAAAUGUGCUUGCUUUUUUUUCCAUUUCAAUAAUGUGGAUUGUUUCUCUGUUCAUUCUAAAUGUACUUGCAGUAUGUUCUUACAAUGAUCACCUUUUCUGAACAAUUAAGGCAAAAAAUAAAAAAUAAAUUGCGGAAUUGCAACUUUCCGCUGUGUUUCAUACGUUUAUGUGCAAGCUUUCUUUGACUGCAGCGUCAAGAGUGCUUUCCAUGAUCUGUUGUUGUUGUUUGUCCAUACAGUACUGUAGCGAUACCUGUAAUUAACCCCUGUGCAACCCUCAACCUCUUCUCUUGAUUCAAAUAAAAGAUUAAAAAACAA